AUGGUGUCAGGCCAACUGCGAGCCCGCCCGAGCGUGCAGGGAACGCUUCCAGAGCCAGUCACAGCCAACGAUUCCGUUGUUCCGUGCCUUCCUUCCUCCAUCUCUCCACAUUGUGGCAGCGCAGCGGCUGACCUUUGGUUCAACUGUGCUUUACUAGUAGCGGAUGGUUUGCCUUCCAACAGAUAUUUAGUCAACUCGGUUGAAGCGGUUAACGAUCAAGCAAGCCAGUGGGAUCGUGGGCUCCUCGAACGCGGGCAUGCAACCACCACCGUGAAAUAG